UGCGUGCUUAAUCCCUUAUUCCCUCAUCUUAUCUUUCUUUACACCAUUCCUCUCUCCUCUCUUCACUCCUCCUCUUCAUAACUCAAUCCACCCAAAACCCCCCUUCAAAAUUUACUGAACCCUAAAACCCUAAUUUUUUGACGUUCCUUCAAUCAUUGUAUUGAAGGAACUCGCAAUUUCAAGAGCUUGAAUCAAUGGAGUCAGAACCCCAGGUGAAUUCCACGUCGCUUCUCGCCCGACAACCCUCAGGUAUUCGAGCUUUACCUUCUCAUGAUGACGAUGAUGAUGAUGAAUUUGAUAACGAAUUGGUUGUUGAAAACAAUAAUUCUCCUGAAAAAAUGACGAAAUUUGAUGAAAUUAAUAAGAAUUCGAUUACCACUAGUAGUAAUGGGAGCAGUAAUAGUAGUAUUAGCAGUAGUUUUGCGAGUAGUGGUAAUAAUGGGAGUUAUGUGAAUGGUGAGGAGGAUUUUGGGACUCCUUUGGCUGGCCCAGAUAACCCAACCCUAGAGAAAUUGAUUGAGGUUGGUGCGGUUGAUGCCCCUGCAUCUGGGUUUUCGCCGACUGUUCGGGGUUCGAAGACGGGGUUGCCGGUUGCGAAGGUGUCGGAUGACGGAGAUGAUUCUGAUGAUGACGAUGAAAUUGAGGUUGAUAGUGGAGAGGAGGAUAGUGGUGAAGUUGGGGAAAUGAUGGGUAGGUCUUAUGGUGUCGAGAAGGCACCCAGGGUUAGGGUUUUGGGUGAGGAGGAGGAGGGAGAGAACGAGGACGAAGAUGAGUCUUUUGAGGAGGCAAAGGAAGAAUUGGGUGAUGAGAGCACCCAAGAAAAGGGAGAAGUUGAUUCUGUGGCUAAGGAUGUUGUUGGUGAUGAUGGUGUGGUCUCUAAAAUAGAAGAAAAUGCUUCUGAAUCUCCUGGUGUUGAGUUGGUCAAUGAGGGAGAUGCUGUUGUGGAUUCCAUAAAAGUGGAUGUUGUUGAAGCUUUAAGGUCAGGGGUUGCUGUUGUUGGGGUAGAAGAAGAAAAGGAGGACUCAAAAGUUGAAUCAGUGGACACUGUCGCCGAGGAUAAGGAAGAAAAGCAGGACCCAAAAGUUGAAUCAGUGGAUACUGUUGCUGAGGAUAAGGAAGAAAAGGUGGAUUCUGAGGUUGAAGUAGGGGAGGAGGAGACCUCUGUUGUUGAAGAACCUGCUUUAGCUGAUUCUGAAUCGGUUAAAGAUACCGGAGUGAAGUUAACUGAUAAGGGGGAUUCUGUUGUGGAAUCGAUACAUGUUGAUGCUGGUGAAGCUCUUAGGUCCGGAGCUGCUAUUGUUGGGGAGGUAGAGGAAAGGAAAGACUCUGGGAAUUCAGAAACAGAGGGUGAAAAUGAUGUUGUUGAGGAAUCUGCUUUGAAAACAGAAGGUUCCGUUGCAGGAGAACCCGCUUUGACAAUGGAAGAUUCAGUUGCUGAAAAACCUGCUGUGGUGAUGGAAAAUUCUGUUGCAGAAGAACCUGCUGCAGUGAUAGAAAAUUCUGUUGCAGAAGAACCUGCUGUGGCGAUGGAAAAGUCUGUUGCAGAAGAACCUGCUUCGACAAUGAAAGAUUCUGUUGCAGGAGAACCUGCUGCAAUAAAUUCCAAAUCUGCUUCGACUAUGCAAGAUUCUGUUGCAGAAGAACCUGCUGCAAUAGACUCUAAAUCUGAAGAUAUUGUCGAGGCAAAGGUAACAAAUGCAGGAGAUGCUAUUGUUGAUAAGGGGGAUGUUGUUGAAUCCGUAAGAUCUGGAGCAGAUGUUGUGGGGGAUUCUAGAGUGGCGGGAACUGAAAUAGAAGGCAAGGAAAAGAGUGACUCAGAGAUUGCAGGAGCAGAUGUUGGAAAUGCUGGUGUUGAAGAAUCUGCUUCGACAGUAGAAGAUUCUGUUGUAGAAGAACCUGCUGAAAUGGACUCUAAUUCCAGAAAAAUUGAUGCAACAAAGGUUACAAAUGGAGGAGACUCUGUUGCUGAUGAGGAGAAUGUUGAUGUCGCUGCUGAGGAGAAUGUUGAUGUCGCUGCUGAGGAGAAUGUUGAUGUUGCUGCUGUGAGAUCUGAAAUUCCUCUUGUGGGGAACUCUGGAGCAGAGACUAAAACGGAAGUCAAGGAAGUAGCAGCACCUGUUGGUGAAAAGGUGACACCGGCCAAUGAGUUUGUGCCUCUGAUUCAUGCAAACUCAGCUGAGAAUGUUGAUGUUUCUGGUGAAGAGGCCAAAGAGGCCUACACGAACGAAGCAGAAAAAUCUGCAUCAGUAGAGGCUGCUGAGGUACUGAACACAGAACAGAUUAAGGCAGAAGCUGACAAACCCAAGCAGCAUGAGACUGCUGAUGAAAUACAAUUUGUUUCUGGUGGGGAGCAAGGUAAGGCUCAGCUUGAUCAUGGAGAUGAUGCUACAUCUGAUAAGAACGAUGAGCAAAUUGAAACUUCGAUCCCAGAGAAGGGAGAGGAAGCUGAGGAGAGGUUUCAUGUACCACAAGAACAUGAUGAUGGAGGCUCUGAUGGUGAAGGUGAACCUCCGUUUUAUAAGAGUGAAAUCUCCUCCAGAGAUUUUAUGGAGGAGUUGGCAUCUGGUGAUCGUUCGGAGAUGAUUGAUGGACAGGUUGUCACAGACUCGGAAGAAGAAGAAGAAGCUGAUUCUGAUGAGGAGGGGGAGGGCAGAGAAUUAAUUGAUUCUGCUGCAUUAGCUGCUCUUUUGAAAGCGGCAACUAGUGCUGGUUCAGAUGGUGGCCCUAUCACUAUAACAUCUCAAGAUGGAUCUCGGCUUUUCUCUGUUGAGCGUCCUGCUGGUUUGGGAACAUCACUCCGUUCUGUGAGACCUGCUCCUAGUUCAAGCAAUUCCAGCAUCUUUGCUCCGCCUAGUGGUGCUGCACCAUCCGAGGAGAGCCUAAGUGAAGAGGACAAAAAGAAGCAGAAGAGUAUACACGAGCUGCGGGUGAAGUUCUUGAGACUUGUUCAAAGACUUGGUCAGACAGUAGAUCAAUCUGUAUCAUCACAAGUUCUCUAUAAACUAGCAAUUCUUGCAGGAAGGACAGCAAUUCCAUCCUUCAGUCUUGAUAACGCCAAACAGAGAGCUAUGCAGCUUGAGGCUGAGGGGAAAGAUGAUUUAGACUUUUCCUUGAACCUCCUGGUUCUUGGGAAAAGUGGUGUUGGUAAGAGUGCCACCAUCAAUUCUAUAUUUGGUGAAGAGAAGGUCAAAAUCAAUGCAUUUGAACCCGAAACCACUUCUGUUCAGGAGAUUAGUGGAAUUGUAGAUGGGGUUAAGAUCAGGGUGAUUGAUGCACCUGGUCUAAAAUCUUCCGCAUUGGAGCAAGGUUUUAACCGUAAAGUCUUAGCCUCAGUCAAGAAAUUGACCAAGAAAUAUCCUCCAGAUCUCACACUUUAUGUGGAUCGGCUAGAUUCACAGACACGGGAUCUAAAUGAUCUACCCGUGUUGAGGGCAAUCACUAACUCUCUUGGUGCUUCCAUUUGGCGGAGUACUAUUCUGACUCUCACUCAUGCUGCUUGUGCACCUCCAGACGGCCCAACUGGUACUCCACUUGGUUAUGAGGUGUUUGUGGGACAACGUAGUCAUGUGGUACAGCAGUCUAUUGGUCAAGCUGUUGGUGAUUUGCGUUUUAUGAAUCUAGGCAUGAUGAACCCUGUCUCCCUUGUGGAGAACCACCCUGCAUGUAGGAAGAACCGAGAGGGAAUGAAGGUACUUCCUAACGGCCAGGCCUGGAGGCCACAGUUAAUGUUGCUUUGCUACUCUUUAAAAAUCUUGGCGGACGCAAGUUUGACCGCAAAACCUCAAGAUCCUGUUGAUCACCGAAAGCUUUUUAAUUUCCGUGCCCGUUCACCUCCUCUCCCAUACUUGUUAUCUUCACUGUUGCAACCUCGUACUCACCCCAAACUUUCAGCUGAUCAGGGUGGUGACAAUGGUGAUUCUGAUAUUGACUUGGACGACUUGUCCGAUUCUGAUCAGGAAGAAGAAGAUGAGUAUGAUCAGCUCCCACCAUUUAAGCCUCUAAGGAAAACUCAGAUGGCUAAGCUCAGUAGAGAGCAAAAGAAGGCAUAUUUUGAGGAAUAUGACUACCGAGUGAAGCUUCUACAGAGGAAGCAGUUUAAAGAGGAGCUCAAAAGAAUGAGAGACAUGAAGAAGAACGGCAAAACUAGUUUGGAUGACUACAGUGAGAUGGCAGAAGAUUAUGAUGGUGAGAAUGGUGCCCCAGCUGCUGUACCAGUUCCAUUGCCUGACAUGGUUUUGCCGCCAUCUUUUGACAGUGACACCCCAGCUUAUAGAUAUCGAUUCUUGGAGCCAACUUCACAGUUCUUGGCUCGGCCAGUUUUGGACACUCAUGGUUGGGACCAUGAUUGUGGGUAUGAUGGGGUCAAUGUUGAGCAGAAUCUUGGAAUUGCAGGACAGUUCCCUGCAGCUGUUACAGUGCAGGUGACUAAGGAUAAGAAAGACUUCAACAUCCACUUGGAUUCUGCAAUGUCGGCCAAGCAUGGAGAAAACGGUUCAAGUUUAGUUGGGUUUGAUAUUCAAACUAUUGGGAAGCAACUUGCCUACAUUGUGAGAGGGGAAAGCAAAUUCAAAAACUUGAAGAAGAACAAGACAGCUGCUGGAGUAUCUGUUACUUUUUUGGGGGAGAAUGUGGCAACUGGAGUAAAACUCGAGGAUCAAAUUGCUUUAGGCAAGAGGCUUGUUUUGGUGGGGAGCACAGGUACUGUUCGUUCUCAGAAAGAUGCUGCUUAUGGAGCUAAUUUUGAAGUACGUCUCAGAGAAGCAGAUUAUCCAAUUGGCCAAGAUCAGUCCUCAUUUGUGCUGUCAUUGAUGAAAUGGAGAGGGGAUUUGGCAAUCGGAGCAAACCUUCAGUCCCAGCUUUCUGUUGGUCGGGGUACAAAGAUGGCUGUUCGUGUUGCUUUGAACAACAAACAGAGUGGGCAGAUCACUGUGAGGACAAGCAGCUCCGAUCAUGUAGCUCUUGCAUAUGCUGGUCUUGUUCCAAUUGCUCUUGCCAUUUAUCGGAAAUUCAGGCCUAAUGUCAGUGAGAAUUACUCUAUCUACUAAAACCCGCAUUUCAAUUUUGGUUUUUGUCAUUUACUUUUUGCAACAGUGAUCAAAUUAUGAUUGCUUACUCUGUUGUUUUUUGAGUCACUUCUUUUUUCAUUCUCAAUAAGGCUUUGUUUCAUCACUAGUAGUUCUUUCUUUUGGGAUAUUCCCUACUUGCUAGUAUUGCGGGUUAUCAGUGUAUUAAUAUGAGAUAUGAAAGUCCACUUCUGUUUUUUCCCA